AUGCUUGAAAAGCUAAAUUUGACUUGUGACAGACCCCUGUCACUCCAGCAGCUAGCAUGCUGCCACUCCUACUGUGGUAUUCCUAAGAGUGGCAACAAUAUGCUGAUUUUCAGUAACAAAGACGAAGGAAGGGAGCCUCUGCUGCUUACAGGCCAUCAUCAUGACAUCUGUGCCAUGACAUUCGGGAAAGUAAGCAGACCACUUCUUCUCUGCUCUGCAUCCACUGACUAUGUCAUUGUAUGGGACAUUGAAUGUUGCCAGAGGAGAACACAUGAGGGUAAAAUGGCAUCUGGAACAGUUAUCGGAUCCUUGCUGGGUAAAGUUGUCCACCUUUCAUUCUGCUCCUCUGAUGAACGAGUGGCUGCAUGUUCAGGAGCAGUUGUGUAUAUCCUCAACUCAAAGAAACAUGAGGUGAUCUCUACUUUAAAGCGCCAUCUUGCACCAGUAACAUCAGCUGAGUUCUGUCCCUGGAAUAAAGACAUUCUGGUCACAGCGUCAGAGGAUCGCACCUUUAAGGUGUGGAAUUUAAAAACUGAAUCAGUUUGCUAUGAGUCGUCUGUUCUUUCAGCCUCUCCACUGCUCAGUGUGCUCUUCUUAGAGGACAGCAGACAGAUUAUUACUGGCUCAACUGAUGGACAGCUGUGGUGCUUUUCUCUCCCUGACGACCAAAAAUGUCGUGUGGUGACAAAAAUGGACCUUCAAAUGAUGGAAAAGAGAUAUCGAACCCAUCAUGAGAAAGUGAGCCAAGAAGAGAUCACAGAAUCGUCUACAGAUAAUGUUGAAACUUCAAAACCUGUCCUCAAAAUGGCUUUAUAUGGCUCAUUUAUUGAAACCAGCAGUGAGCACUCAAAAUACAACAGCUGGUUAUGCAUCGGAAGCACUGAUGGUCUGUAUGUGGUGGAUCUCGCAACCUUAGAACUCCUAACAGCAAUAUAUUUCAAAGAUUACACCAACGUAAACAUCACAGUGGCAGGGUCGUGGACAUUCUCUCAAGGGUUGGAUAACUCUAUAUUUUUGUUUGUGAGCUCUCUGUUUACUCCACAAGUGGUCCUGUUGGAGCUAAGUCUGAGUGAACACCAAGAGGCUUUGGCGUGUGAGGAAGGCUUUUCAGUGUUCCCAAGCUGUCCUCCGCUGCCUGAGUCUCCUCUAAAUACUGAGUUAAAGAGAAGGGAGGUCAACCAUCCCAAAAAGAAAGGUGGAAUAAAGGAGCAGCCCCUGGUUUUCCACUCAAAGGUGAAGUCGUCUGGAUACACAAGUGCCCCAAGAAGGACUAUGUUUUCACCUAAAACUAAUACACAGAAGAGUGCCCUCUCCCAAAAGGCUCAGAAAAAUAUAGGUUUCCUUCUCAGAGAUUAUCCAGCAGACAGUGCAGCACCUUCUCUUCCACACAGUCAACAAAGAACAGGCAAUAAACCAGUCUACUGCCUUCAGUAUUCAGGUGAUGGAAAACAAAUCCUGUGUGGUCUUGGAGACAGCUCAGUGUUACUUUACAAGUCUUCCCUCACUGGCAGUCCCACAGUCUACACAGGACAUGACAAACCAGUGAGCAGUGUGAGCUGGAGCCUCAAUAGGAAGUGGUGGCUAAGUGCAUCAGAAGACCAGUCACUAAGAAUCUGGACCCACGGCAGCCCAGAGCCUGCUAUUACCAUGGACAAUGGUAUGUUUUGCAAACCCAUUAGAAGCGCUCAGUUUUAUUACCUUGACAAAUUCAUCAUUCUGGCAUCAGGACCCUCGCUUUACCUGUACCUGUAUAAUGUGGACGUCACACGAGAUGACAUCAAAAGGUACCAUCAACGGAGCAUUGUGGAAUUGGCAGGAAGCUUUACAACAACUUCAGCAUCAGACAUCACUGCCAUGUCUGCCAUCAACGACUUCUACUCUCACACAGUUCUGUUGUGUGCUUCAGAUAGGUCCAUUCAAGUAUUUGACAUGAACAAGGCCACAGUUGCCUCAGAGCUGCUUGAUGCCCACAGCAGGGCAGUCCACUGCAUUGCACAGAACAAGGGCUCCAUGUUCAGCACACAAGCACCGGAUUCAUACAACCUUUUCCUGACCAACGCAGUCACAGAUGGUAUGAAGAUUUGGGACCUCCGCACUCUUAGCUGUGUGCGCCGCUAUGAGAACCAUCUAAACCGCUGCCAUCCGUGCUCUUCAGCCGUGUCUCCAUGUGGUCGGUUUAUUGCCACAGGCUCUGAGGAUAAAUGUGCUUAUGUGUAUGACAUACGUAGCAGCAGCUACCUUCACAAGCUUCAGAGACACUCAGACACGGUGCUCAAUGUGACUUUUAACCCUGCAACACCAGAGCUACUGACUGGAACCCUGGAUGGGAAUCUGCAACUGUUUCAGCCCAGCAGUCCAGCCAGUAUUACUCACAGCACAAGUGCUGCUGUGUAGAGCAUCCCAAGUAACAAGACUGCUUAAUUACACCAGGCUUCUGCAAAGACCAUGCAGGUUUCAUUAAAGCUGUUCCAACCCUAUGGCUAGGAUUUAACUUGGAAAAGAAAACAUGAAUGGUUUCAUUUUAAAUUGCUGUUUAAAGGAAGAUCAAAAAUAGAUACAAGUUUAUGGAGGGUUUAUUUUUCUUGGUUUAUGUGCUUAUUGUGUUCCUUUACUUCUGUGUUUAACAACGUUAAGAGGAGCCACCCAGCUGAGCUCACUCUUCUCUGUUAAACCUCCAGUCUGUGCAUCAUUAGAUCGCUUUCCUUUUGACCACAAUUCAAAGAAAUGUCAGCAUUUUGAUGGAGUAUCUUCUUGUUCAGUAACAUUAAUAAUCUAAACCAUUACACAAAAGUUACACAUUACACAAGACAAUUUCAGCUGCAUUCAGCCCUUCACAUUCUUAAUGGCCAAAGUUUGUUUGGAUAGUACGUGAAACAAAUGAAUUUUUAUAUAUUAACAGUUGUUGCUGCAACUCAACAGAUAAGCACACAGAGCAAUGACAUCAAGUGGGUGCAACCUCCAUAGCUGCCAGACUCACAGAUGCUACUACUGUUCAUACUGACACACCCGUCCACAUUGUUUGUGCUGUACAUUUACUCGUCUCUGCCUUAGUCUCAUCAAAAUGCUGGGAAACACUGAACUGACUCCACUGUUAUAUAAUAGGUUAAAAGUGGAAUUCUUACAUUAAGUGUAGGAUUUAAAAGGUCUAUACUGUCCACAAGGCAUAUGCUAUGUUUAAAUUAACUACUAAAUCUUGUUUUACGCGUCUUGUAAAAUGUCCAUCUGUUUUCUACAUGUUAUGUCUGAAGAGGUUUUUCUUACAUGUUUGGAUUAGAUGUUGGGUGUGCCUCAAGGUUCUGCUUUUAGACCACUUUUGUUUUUUUUAUUUGCGUUAUUUAGAUUUUUGUUUAUAUUAGAUACUAUAAAAAAAUAUUUGUCAACUUUUUGUACUUUGAGACAGGAAUUUGAGAUAAAAACAAUCUGACAUGAUAGCAUCCUAAAAAACAGGUCUAUGAAAAAGAGAUUUACUGAAGGAGCGGGACUUUUAACAGCUACAUGGAAUAAACAGAACAACAGCCUGCCAGGCUAGGUUUUUUUAAAGAUUGCCUGUAAUCUAUAUGGCGUGGAACUUAGACAUAUUUUGUUUGAGAUCACAGCAAUAAUAAAAGGAAAAAAAAUACAUACACUGUAUGGACAAAAGUAUUCGGCUGCCUGACCAUUAAA